UUGCCUUUGUCUUGACUGUGGUAACUAAUCCAAGUGGCUGAGACAAACACAGCAGUAGGUCGCGACGUCCCUGUCAGGUCCAGGACUGAGCCGAGGUUUCCGAGCAGGACCGGGAGCAGAGACGCGGAGGUUUGGCUGCUUGCAGGACUCGCUUCCUACCACAGGACCUCCCGGCUGCGCUUUCAUUUAUCUCUGUUUCCUCAAAGCGACAAGUGGCACUUUGGGACUCGGAGGGAUUUGUGGAGACUGUUUAACGAGCGAGGCUUUCAGUUUCCCGAGUCGAUCUCCCUCGUUCACCUUAACAUGGCUUCAACAACCUGCACCAGGUUUACCGAUGAAUACCAGCUGUACGAGGAGCUGGGGAAGGGUGCGUUCUCUGUGGUGAGGCGGUGCAUGAAGAUUUCCACAGGGCAGGAGUAUGCUGCAAAAAUAAUCAACACCAAGAAGUUGUCUGCUAGGGAUCACCAAAAGUUGGAGCGCGAGGCCAGGAUCUGCCGCCUGCUGAAGCAUUCCAACAUCGUGCGGCUCCAUGACAGCAUAUCAGAGGAAGGAUUCCACUAUCUGGUCUUUGACUUAGUCACUGGUGGUGAGCUGUUCGAGGACAUUGUUGCCAGGGAGUACUACAGUGAAGCUGAUGCCAGUCAUUGCAUCCAGCAGAUCCUAGAGGCUGUGCUCCACUGCCACCAGAUGGGUGUGGUCCACCGCGACCUCAAGCCGGAGAAUUUGCUUCUAGCCAGCAAGUUGAAGGGAGCUGCAGUUAAACUGGCAGACUUUGGCCUGGCCAUCGAAGUUCAAGGAGAUCAGCAGGCAUGGUUUGGGUUUGCUGGGACACCAGGAUACCUGUCUCCAGAGGUGCUGAGGAAGGAUCCUUAUGGCAAGCCAGUGGACAUGUGGGCCUGUGGAGUGAUCCUCUACAUUUUACUGGUGGGCUACCCUCCCUUCUGGGACGAGGACCAGCACAGGCUCUACCAGCAGAUUAAAGCUGGGGCGUAUGAUUUUCCCUCUCCAGAGUGGGACACAGUGACCCCCGAGGCCAAAGACCUGAUCAAUAAGAUGCUGACCAUUAACCCUGCCAAGAGAGUCACGGCCACCGAUGCACUCAAACACCCCUGGAUCUGCCAACGCUCCACCGUAGCAUCCAUGAUGCACAGACAGGAGACUGUGGAGUGCCUCAAGAAAUUCAAUGCUAGGAGGAAACUCAAGGGUGCCAUCCUGACCACAAUGCUCGCCACUCGAAACUUCUCAGCCAAGAGCCUGCUGAAUAAAAAACCGGAUGGUGUCAAAAUCAACAACAAGGCCAAUGUGGUCACCAGUCCUAAAGAGCCUGUCCCCACUCCUUCUCUGGAGCCUCAAACCACUGUUAUCCACAACCCAGCUGAUGGAAAUAAGGAGUCCAGUGAGAGUGCCAACACUACCAUCGAGGAUGAGGACGUGAGAGCUCGAAAGCAGGAGAUCAUCAAGGCCACGGAGCAGCUGAUUGAGGCCAUUAACAAUGGAGACUUUGAAGCCUACACGAAGAUAUGUGAUCCUGGUCUCACAUCCUUUGAACCUGAAGCCUUGGGUAACCUGGUGGAGGGCACAGACUUCCACCGCUUCUACUUUGAGAACGCUCUGUCUAAGGGGAAACAGCCCAUCCACACCAUCCUGCUCAACCCUCACGUCCACCUGAUUGGGGAUGACGCCGCCUGCAUCGCCUACAUUCGCCUCACCCAGUACAUUGACAGUAACGGCAUGCCUCGCACCAUGCAGUCAGAGGAGACUCGCAUCUGGCACCGCCGUGACAGCAAGUGGCAGAAUAUCCACUUCCACCGCUCCGGCUCUCCCACCGUUCCCACCAACUGAGACGACCGUCCUUGACUACCUUCCAGCCUACAGCAGUCAGCUGACCGACUUCUGCCUACCGUCUUUCCAUCAGAUCCCUAAGCCACGCCUCCCCCUUGUUUGCUCGCUCUGCCCUCUCAGUGUGUUGUUUACAUAUUGUCGCUGCUGAACUGAAGUUUAUAGUAAAUGUAAAGAAAAAAAGGAGUUCACACUUUGACAAUAUCAUUUUGUAGUGAGAGUGCAGGGUGAUCAUUUCAACAUAUCUCCGUUUGCAGCAUUUUUAUUACUGGUUUCUUGAUAUAUACCUUUUUUUAAAUAGAAGUGGACUUUAAUGGUGCCACUGGUUCCACUUGAUUUUAAUGGGCUAGUCUAAUAUGUGAAACUCCCAGUCAUGACUUUUUCAUUGAAAUAUGACACAUGUUGUGCUGUUGUGACAUUUUUACCUUUGGGCACAAUGACCAAUAUAAGACAUAUCUACUUUUUAAUCACGGUUUUGCUUUGUUUUGGUGAUAUGUAGGUUUUGGUAAUUGAUGUAAUUUGCUCUUUUUUGCUUGAUCUUCAGCAACAUCCAUAUGAGUUGACUUAUCUUACAGAUGUAUGUUUACUAGGAGCUGUAACUACAUGUUUAAAAGGGAAAACCAUUUGUUGAUUUAGUCAGUUUGGUCAUCACGGAGCAUCAUGGGAGAAUGUAAAGUGUAGAAAUAGAUCUGAUUCUCAAAGGCCAUUCUGUGACUCCUGCCAGUCAAAUCAUAUUUUCAUACAAUAAGAAGUUAAUCAUGUGAAUUUUAUCUGUUUGUUUACAUUUUAUAGUGUGAUAUUGAUGCUUGUCCCUCCGCUUCUCAUUCUCGUUACUUACCUUUAAGAACAUUUUAACCGCUCAGAUUUCUCACCUUUAUUUGACUGGUGUAUGCACCACUGGUUAAAUCCACAGUCGAAUCCUGUUUAACUGUUGAAAUCAGUUUGCUAACCAGUGUUUCAUCACUGACCGGGUUACUAAGCAGGAGAUCAACACUCAUAUCCCCAUUAUGUUAUGCUAUAGUUAUUUUAGUGCCACCAUCUGAUUGAAAGGGAAACGGUUGUUGUGGAGCUCACACAGGGGAACAAACUCUAAUUCCAGAAGUGAAUUAAGUGCAGAGGAAGCCGCCGUUAAAGAAAGUCACAGGUGUGUUUUUGUGUAUUAAAUAAUGCAUCAUUGAAAUAUUUAGAAAACUGCUUUGUAUUGAUUUCUUUAAUCACAUUUGUCCAUUUCACAGGACACUUUGGGUUUAUCUUUGUGAAAUGCAUUAAACUGUAUGAUGGGAUGCUGGUAUUUAAUGUUGCCAUGAUGGGACAAGCCUGAUGUUUAAGAAAUCUCAAAUAAAAUGUGAUUUAUGCCGA